UCGACGUUGAUCGACAGGUGCAGAAAUAUUCGGCCUCCGCUGUUAAUAAUAGAUAACUUACUCCAGCUCUGGGGACGUGGUCCUUCUCAAUCAGCAGAUUUUAAAUGAAAGAAAACCCUUCUUUUAUUUGGGAGUUUGAUUUAAGACAGUUAUCUCUUCUUCGGGGUUGUGAAGGGUGUGAAGUCGUCGGAGGCGGCAGAGAAGAUUUUUCCUGUUGAGUUCUGAGAGGUUGGAUCUGUGUACACAGAAUGCCUCUAAGAGAGAAGGACCAGAACCUGAGCACCGCACUGCAGAGAUCCAGCAGAGGAGCUGCGAGCUGCGGACCCCAAGCUGCGGGCCCCAAGAGCCGAGAAGAUAUGUGAAGCGUGUACAAAGGCCACUGCUGGAGAACUGCACAUCCCUGUUGUGUACCUAAGAUGUUUAAGGACUUUUAAAACAGAGACAUCAGAGUUCUGUUUAAACAAAUGACAGGAUUGGAAGUACCACAAGGCCGAGCUGCAAAUCAGUUGCUAUGAAAACUGCUGCCUGUACGUGGAAGUACAGCACACACACUGAUUAAAUACUUUGUGAAACUUGUGAUUAUCCACGUGUACAAGUUACGGAAAAGCUGCCCCCUGAGAUUAACUCGAAACAACCACGUCCAGAGAUCACCAGUGUCAGCCAUGAAUGACCUGGGGGAGAUGUCAGUGAAGUGCGUCCUGGUUGGGGACAGUGGGGUUGGCAAGACGGCCCUCCUGGUCCGCUUCACCUCAGAGACCUUUCCGGACACCUACAAGCCCACAGUGUUUGACAACACAGGGGUGGAGGUGUACAUGGACGGUGUUCAGAUCAGCCUGGGCUUGUGGGACACGGGGGGCAAUGAUAACUUCAGACAAAUCCGCCCGAGAUCGUACCAGCAGGCCGACAUCGUCCUCAUCUGCUACUCCGUGGCCAACCCCAACUCGCUGGCCAACGUCCAGCACAAGUGGAUGGCUGAGGUUCGAGAGAACUUGCCCAGGGUGCCCGUGCUGGUUGUGGCCACCCAGACGGACCUUCGGGAGACGGGGGCCCAUCGGAGCGGCUGUAUCUCAGCAGCGGAGGGGAGACGCAUGGCUCAACAAGUCCACGCCAAAGGCUACCUGGAGUGCUCGUCCUUGAGCAACCGGGGCGUGCAGCAGGUCUUUGAGUACGCAGUGCGGACGGCUGUUAACCAGGUCAGGAAACAGGCCAGGAGACGCAUGUUCAGUGUAAACCAGUGCAAAGUCUUUUGACCUUUGACCUCUGACACGGCGGAUUGUCUUGAACUGUCAUGACACGACUCAAUGUGUGCUACUGUUCAAACUCAGAGGGACCUUGUCUAAGCCUAAGCCUUGGGCAGAGUUGAAUUUGUUUUACCCUUUCUCACUAACAGGAUCACUGAUGAUACUCCUAAUCAGCCAUCAUGCAAAUGAUUGAGUGGAAAUGACACUUUGGUUUGCUCAAUGGUGUGAAGUUAGAAGUGAGUCGACUCUUCUGAUCUGUUUUUAAGCAAACAACAAUAACUUUCACGGAGAUACUUCAAGUGGGGCAUCCCAGGAUCUUUUGUCAAUACCUUUACUAAAAUUCAAGCAUUUUAAGCUUUGAUGGUGAUGUAGAUAGCGUGUCGUUUUUCUAAUUGUUUUACCAAUAGCUCAGCCGUGCAGUGAUGAAGACUAUGUGAGUCUGGAGCUUGAUCGGCAAAUUAACUUAGGAAUUUCAGCGAAAACCAAAUGUGUGUCUUUAUCAGCACAAAUAAAAUGACACAACCAGCUGUAUGGAGCUUUUAAUGUGAUUUACCCAUUUGACUAAAUCAAAUGAGGAAAGUUAAUGUCUUACGCUCCGAGCUGAAAUCAAUAAAAUUCAAUAAUAAUUUAAUGGUGCGUAUAUGUUCUGCCACUUGUCAGUUACGUCUUUAUUUAAAUAAAAGUAUGUUAGCGUGGUUGUUGGCUCGGAGAGUCCAAAGGGACAGUUUCACUGUACCAGGCUCAACAUGAAGCAUAUUCUCAUAUUUUCUUCUUAGAUUAGAUGAGACUGGGAGAUGAACUGUCAAUAAGGUCCUAAAGUAGAUGAACAGGCCCACAUGAUGAAAUGUUUAUUCAGACAUCGGUACACAUGUUGUAUCAGCCAUUAAGAAAAUGACCUCGAUUAUUUGUCCUGAAAAUGAACAAAAAAUAUUUCUAGAGAUUUAUUCAGAAAUGUAUCUUAUAUUUUCAGAGAAAUUUAAAAUAAAGAAACAUAAAACAUUAACAACAAAAAUGUUGAGACAUAACGGAAACCUGUCACAUACAGUGGAUUUCUUUUUUUAUUUUUUUUUAUUUUUUAUUGACCUGUAUACCUCCUUUUGGAAUUAUUGUUAAACUAUAUAUGUGUCUGGCAAACUGUCUCUGUUGUCAUCUGUUCCUGGAUUUUUUCUUUUCAUGUGAUGAAUUAAAACUAACUAAACUAAUAU